CUCUCAGCCCUUCCGAAAACUACGCGUCAAAAUGCCUAGUUCACUUCAUACUUCGGCUAUUCUUUUAGUCUUAAUAGCAUUAAUUUAUACCCGCGCUACUCCCGUUGCAGGUCCCUAUUACAUCAAACCAGAUCUUUGCGAGGCCUGCCCGCGAGAUGAAAUGGCUCUAGAUUUUCCAAUCGAUGUCAAAUUAGUCCGGGAUCGAACCAACACUAACUUCUACUUCGUGUCUGUGGAUUGGGCAAGCCAAUUUACCUUCGACGACACUAAAGAUACCCACUUGGUGUUUGCGUCGUGGGGCUCGAGAGGCGGUUGGAAAGAAAACGCCAUGAUGAUGAAAUUCAAGAAGUUGUGUACCACCAUCAAGACACAUCUGCCGACAAUAUGGGAUGCAAUUGUCGGUCGCAUGACGAGCAACAUCAGCGAAUCAUUACAAGAUUGCCCCUUCCCACCAGGUGGAUAUUCGGUACGGAACGUGUCGAGCUCAGUAUUACAGCCGAAAGGAGUACCAGUAUUGUUUUACGGGAAGUGGAGAGUGGACGCCAAAGUUGUUGAUCCAAAAGACGAAAGGAUAUUGGGCUGUUUUCGAGUGUUUGUAAGUAUAAUUCCAAAGAUGGGGCAGCCUAUUAAUGGGUAGACCAGUAGCGAAAAAACUUAAGCAUCGGUGACAAUGUUCCACUUAUUAUGAUUGAGAAUACAUAAUUCGAUUUGAUACCUUUA